CAAUUCGGUUCGAACGUUUCUCGGUGUCGGAAGUGUGUCGUUGCGCCGUGUCGUGUGGCUUCAAUCUCGGUACGGUGCGGUUCUUGCUCUUCUCGAGUCAGCAGCAGUAGUGUAGUGGGCCAAUUGGAUAACCCCGCGGUUGCCCGCCUCCUAUCACCCUCGCUCGGAGUCCGUUUUGUCGCUGUGUGCGUGUUGUGUCUGUGGUUCUCGGGGGAACAGUGUAGGAAUUUGGUUCCUCCAACAACCCGUCGUGCGUCCCGAGUCGGUUGCGAGAAGUUGUGCCAUUUCCUGUCAAAUUUCAAGAUCUUGGUGAUUAUUGCUUUCUGAUGGAAAACACACGGUUAUAGUAACCGAGUACCUACAACUGGCUAUCGCCAAAUCCACUACUAAUUGGGAUAUUUCCUCGUUGUUGGUGUUCCUAGUUUACUUCAGUCCUCGAGACGAGUUUGGGUCUUCGGUCGUGCUUCCGGAUUACUGCAGUGAUCAGUAGUGGUGCCGUGAUUUAGGAUAACUUUGGAGCUGUUUUCCGGGUGAUUAAUUAGGUGCAUGUGUUGAUUGCCGAAUUCCUCAAGAGGGGAUUAAUCGGAGGGAAUAAAGUAUUCGGGCAGAAUUUGGGAGAAGAAGCUUUGCGACGGAAGUGUGUUGACAGUAGUAGCUGCUGAACCAAAACCAAUACUAGCAUGAACAAGAUGGGCUUUAGGAUCCUGCUGCUGGUGGCCAUCAUUGGUUGCCUCUUGGUGGUGUUGGUGGAUGCCAAGAAGAAGCCGAACAAGUACGGCGAUGGCGAUUUCGAGUUUGUUGAUGAGGAUGAUAAAAUCAGCCAGGACUCUAGCAAACAGCUGCAGCAGCAACAACAACAGCAGCAGCAAAUUCCAGAAAAGAAAAAAUGGACCCACGACCCUUCCAGUGAUCUGUGCAAACCACUCAAUUGCAAAAAGAAAGAGCUCUGUCUGCUGGAAGACGCCUACACCGCAGUCUGUGUCUCCAAGAAGGAACUGCACAAGAACAAAUUCAUGAGCAGCUACAACACACUGUCAAACAGGGAGGAAGUUCUGACCAAGAGCAAGUACCUGGAGGAGGAGGAAGCGAAACGCAAGGCGGAAGAUGCCGAACAAUCCGGAUUGAUUUCGGGUGGUGGCUCCAGCAGUGGCUCCAGCAACAAUGCGGCUGAAACUAGAAGUAUUAGUAGCAGCAACAGCAACGGCAACAAUAUAAACAAUGAAAGGAACGGCAAUUCGGGAGCCGAUUCUCUGGACGGGCUGAUGAAUGGAGCCGGAAGUGGUGCCAGCAGCGGGGGAAGUGAAACCAUCGGCAAUGGCGCGAGUUCCGGUUCGUCGCUGUUGAAUGGGGGAGUGGAUGGGGAUGACCUGAUGCAGCAGGAUCAAGAGGAUCCGAACGACGACGACAGUUCCUCGCAGGACGACGACGUGUUCUACGAUAGCAACGGCGGGGGCGGCGCCGAGAAGGAAGAGGAAGAAAAUUGCAAACCAUGUCCGGUGGUGAAGCCGACAUUCCUGUGCGGAAGUGACAACCGAACGUAUUCGUCGCUGUGCCGGAUGGAUUACCACAACUGCAUCCACGGAAGUGCAAUUAAAGUGAGCUGCAAGGGAUUCUGUCCGUGUAAAGACGCGAACAGCGCCGAGCUGAAGAAGCAACAGCGAAUGGCCGAUCGAAUGAACGCAUUCAACGCCAAGUACCAGCGGACAAUCGAAAGCAACGACAUCAAUGGGAUCCCGUCGCUGGACGGCAGUUCCUCCUCCUCCAGCGCUUCUAAUAGGCUGAAAGAAGAGAAAAACCGGCACUUCAACCACAUCAAUUCGCAGUACACAUUCACCCCGGAGGAUAUCAAGUACGACAACAAGCAUUACAAGUACAUCAAAUACACUUCGUCGUACAAAAAUAAGCCUCAUCAACAGCAGCAAACUCAGCAGUACGAUUCGUUCAACAACAAUAUUAAUGGCAACAACGUCAACAACAAUCUGCCCUCGUCGUCAUCGAGCGGAAUGCGAUCGAGCGAGGACAAACAUAAGAUCCGGGGCUACAACGAUGUGCUGGAUAAACCCGUCGUUACUGGUAAAUCGAUGAAGUCGGCCAACAAUGCGGCACGUUACCCAACGAAAUCGAUCGAGUGCAAGCCACAACAGCUGACGGCCAUCGGCAAUCGGCUGCUGGACUGGUUCUCGGUCAUCAUGGCCGACAGCAAGAAGCGGCGCCAGCACCAGCAGCAGAAGAACAAGAUCCACUUCCCGGCGGCCUGCAAGCUUGAGGCCCGCUGGAUGUUCGGCCAUUUGGAUCUGAACAACGACGGAGAACUGUCGGCCCAGGAGCUGUACGAUCUGGAACACGACCAGAACGAACGGUGUAUCAAGCCGUUCAUCGAUACCUGCGAUCUGGACCAGGACAACACAAUCGAUCCGCGGGAAUGGUGCCGGUGCUUCGAGAAAACCGACCGACCCUGUGCGGCCGUCCGAAGGCGUCUCGGCACCGAUUUGAAUGGAAACGGCUAUGCUCCGGACUGCGAUGGACAGGGAUUCUACAAACCAACUCAGUGUCAUCAGGCCGUUGGAGUGUGCUGGUGCGUGGACAAGCAUGGCGUUGAAUUCGCCAAUACGCGUACCCGAGGCAAGCCCAACUGUGACGAAAUCAUCACCAAUGCCAGCACGCUCACCAGCGACGAUGAGGACACCGAGGAUUCGGACGACGACGAUGACAGCCAGGAGGGCAGUGCUGAUCGACUUUUGGUGUUCUAAGGAGUGUUCGUAAACCGGGGUUGGGUGGAGUGAAAGUAAUAAACGAAAAAGUUCCAACUUUAGCUGCUACAGUUUUUUGGUCCAACGAUCGCCCUCUCCCCAAAUCCUACAACAUUGAUGGUGGCAUGAAGAGAAGUUUCAACCGAGCCAGGGUGGGGAGACAGAUGUCCGCGAAACCAGUCGAUAAAGAUGUUCUACUUCCUUGCAAAUGUUUUAAGUUGGUUCCGCUUAAAGUUUGUGCUGAUACAUAUAUUUUACUCCGAAUUCGAUAACCGGACAGAGAAAGAACUCGAAAGAUACGAGAGAGUGUGGAAAAAAAUCCUGUGAAUCUUCCAUCCGGAUCGCGUAAUCAAGAAUGAAAAAGUUUUCAUUUCGACUGGCCAUCGAAUGCGCCCCAAUGAAGUACACAUUUUCUUUUAUCAGACCUCCUGCAAAGAAAACAAAAAAGUUUGUUCUCAGAAAAAUGGGUCUAAUUUGAUUAACUGCAAAAAUCUACUUCCAUAAAAACUUAUUUACAAAACUUUACAGGACAUGAUCAGUAUUCUUUUAUUCCUACGAAAAGUAAUAUUUUUAAUCCAUACAAAACUCUCUUUAGAUCUUAUCAAUUCGAAAUCUGUAGAACGUUUGAAAGUAAGCGAGAAUCGAAGUGAAAACUACACAGUAUCAAUUCAUCGGAAAUUGAAAGUAGCUAUAAUUGAAUUUAAACAAAUGAAAAAAAAGCAACACAACAACAACAACAAGCACUUUCUCUUAAUUAUAGAAAUUUCCCGUCCUUUCGAUAAGCGUCUGAAGUAAAACAAGAACAAAAAAAAAGUCCUUAUAAUCUGAUUAUUAAGUUUGUAGUUUGUAUUGUAUUAUUCCUGUCAUGACGAAGCAGCGAUAAAUGUGUUUAACAAUAUGGAAGCGUCGCCCUAAGGGUUAACUCGGGGCAAAAAGACAGCGAGGACGAGAAGAAACAAGAAAUAAAAAUACAAAUGGAGAAACUUUAACGUGAAUUAAAAGAAAAAGGGAAAGAAAGGGCGAUCGAACGAUUGAAGGGGAGGGCUAGGGUGUGUUCUGCGAAAAGGUAAUCCACUUUUCGAUUUACCGAUACCAAAUUUAAGACAAACACUCAAAUUUAUGAUAAAAACUCAAAAUUAGAGCAAAACUCCUAAAUUAUACGUGAAAAAUGGAACCAGAAAUUCCAUUUAAAAAUUUCUACUAGGAAUUCAUUCAGGAAUAAUUAGGUAUUCAGAAUCCGAUUAAAAAAUUGUACUUCAAUAAAAACCAUCUGAAUUUCAAUCACAAUGACUAGGACUUCAGAUUCCAUCGUACCUAUUGCGAUAUUUUUCUGGAACUAAGAUCACAAAUACUCAUACAACUAGCCUUACUAAUCGGUCGUUCGUCCGCCAUUUCUUCACCAACAUUUGUCGUCGUUGGUCAUAAUAAUUGUAAUGUUUAUGUUAUUGUGUUAUAAAGAGGUAAAACUGAGAUGAACAUAGAAAUUCAAUCCUAUUAAACAGUACCAUAAUUACCAAUUUGAUAAAAAGAAUAAAUCCCAGAAAAAACGUAAAAAAAAUAUUGUUGUAAAAAGCCUUAUUUUUGAAUGUAAGGAUACAGUUUAAACAUCUAAUAUAAAGAAAAAGUGAUUUACGGAGAAGGGAAAACAUUACUUCGACAAAUUAAGUCCAUUCCAAAACAAAACAACAAAACCAUGAAAAUCAACAACACGUUCACUUGAGUAAUCGUAGUAGGCCAUCAGUAUUUAUAUAGUAAUGUUUAAGCAGUAAAAAAGAAGGAGUAAAAAAGCAAACCAUACAGCGCUAAAACCAAAUGAAGCAAAGCAAAACAAAGCCAACCAACCACAUUCAAUUACACGUCAAAUGAGAAAUAGAAAAAUCUAGCUAAAUCGAUAUUUUAGAAUGUCUCAAUAGAAAAAAAAAAUCAACAAAACGGAUAAAAUGCACUGCGCUUUCAAUGUUCUAAAAUCAAAACAAAAAAAAAAUAGCUGAGCAACCAUUUCGAUGAAACUGCAAAAAUAUGUGAUGUAAAACCUGCUCCACCAUCUUUUUCAAAAACCGUCAAAACACUCGAUCACCCAAAAAGUGAACAGCACAUGUUAUCGCAUUUGGGUGAGUUUUAAGAAGAAGAAAACCAGUAAGUAUAACUAUUUUGUUGUCAGCCAGUAUUAUAACAGUCGUAAAACAGCUUCCUAAAGAAAGAAACAACAAAAAUAUUACUAAUUUUUAUAGAAAAGGAUACAUUUAAGCCACGCUGAGAUACAAUAGAAUGAAACCAUGCCAGCAUGUAGCAAGAGUUAACAAACUCGUAAGACAGCAGAAAAACUAACAAGCAAAGCAAAGACGUAGAACUGAACAGCUUAAACCGAAAGAAAGCUAAUUUUAGUAGGCAAUCAAAAUGUAAAACACUUACGCAACUUUGACAUUUAACAUAAACACACAAACAGCAAUGAAAAACAAAAAAAAAUGUCAUUGCAAGGAAGGGAGUUUCCAAAUUUUUCACACAACAAAAAACCCCAAAACGAAAUAAGCUGAAAACAAUUUCAAAAAUUGAACAUUCCAAUCGAAGCGACAAACACUUCAAUACACCUUUUUGAUAUGACUAAACUCCAAAGAUAGAUUAAAGUGUUCGGGGUUGCUACCCUGCUGCAGCUUCUUUGGCGAUCAGAAUAAUAAACGAAUGAAAUGAAAUGAAAUGAAUAAGAAAAAAAGAAAAUCAUUCCUACAAUCACACAUAAAACACGAAAAAACUACACACAUUAUAACUCGUUUGACAAUUUAGUAAACUUAAGCAUUUUAAUGGAAGGUCAAGCUGCAGUAAUCAAGAACAGGAAGCAAAUAAUAAUGAAAAAUAAAAACAUUGACAUCUGGUAAGGUACGAACAAUA